UAGAGAGGUAGAAGAAGAAGUUGCAGUGGAGCUGUUAAGCAGUUAGGUCUGCAACCAACACCACCAUUGUAGACUCAGCUAAUUUUCUUUUUCAUUUUCUCGAACAACAGACCUAACUAACGGCAAAAUAAUGACAGAACAGAACCCAUAAACGGUUACAUUUCACCUUUUCCCUUUUUUUUUUGGUGUGUCAUUCCAACUUUUCUAAAACCCUAAAAAUAAAAUAAAGCUCAGACAUGGAAAGAAGAAGAAGAAAGAAGAAGAAGAAGAAGGACUCUUUUGGACCCACCAUUGUUUUAUCCUCACAAAUCUCUUCCUUUGCUUUCGGACCCCUUUUUUUUUUCUUACCUCUCUCCGCAGAUUUCGCCAAAUUUCACGACCCAUACCAAAAAAGAUUUUUUUUUUUUUUUUUUUUUACCAAAAAUAUGAUUUUCCUUUCGAUUUCUCUCUCCCCUGAGAAAAUCCAAUAUGGGUCGAGCUUAAUGUAGGGGGGAGAGUGGGAAAUUGUUUGAUUUUUUGGUCCAAUUCCCAAUCCAGGUCGAUCUUUGGAUUUAAGUUUUCUCUCCCCGAAUUCUUUUCUUCUUUUAGGAUCGACUCUGGUUUAGGGAUUUGGCAUUUGAUUAUUUCAUGAAUUGAUAUUGUUUUUGUUUUUAGUAUAAUGGGUUGUAUAAGCUCUAAGCAACCGGAUCCAACGCCGUCGCCGGCGAUGGACGGUGAGAAUUCGGCGAAAUUGGAUUAUGAGAAUCGGAAGGAGGAGAAAUCGGAUGAUCGUGGAUGGGAGUUGCGGAAAUCGAGGAAGGAAGGGUCUCAUGGUAGGAAUUCUUUUAGCUUCAAAAUGGGGUUUUCUCAUCGUUACGUUGAUGCCGAACUCAUCUCUGCUGGUUGGCCGCCGUGGCUCAGUACCGCCGCCGGAGAAGCCAUUCAUGGUUGGAUCCCUCUUAGGGCUGAUUCUUUUGAGAAGUUGGAGAAGAUUGGACAAGGUACAUACAGUAGUGUGUUCAGAGCUCGAGAAGUAGAAACUGGGAAAAUGGUUGCACUAAAGAAAGUCCGGUUUGACAAUUUUCAACCAGAAAGCAUUAGGUUUAUGGCAAGAGAAAUAUUAAUCUUAAGAAGACUUGACCAUCCAAACAUCAUGAAAUUGGAGGGUCUCAUUACUUCUGGAUCAUCAACUAGCAUAUACCUUGUGUUUGAAUACAUGGAACAUGAUCUUGCUGGUCUAGUCUCUUCUCCUGAGAUUAAAUUCUCUGAAGCUCAGGUAAAAUGUUAUAUGAGGCAGCUAUUAUCUGCAAUUGAGCAUUGCCAUUUAAGAGGUAUAAUGCAUAGAGAUAUUAAGGUGUCCAAUAUUUUGGUGAACAAUGAAGGGAUUUUAAAACUAGGAGAUUUUGGUUUGGCAAACAUUGUCAAUGCAAAGAACAAACACUCACUAACCAGCCGGGUUGUUACCUUAUGGUAUCGCCCUCCCGAACUCUUGAUGGGGUCGACGAGUUAUGGAGUAUCUGUGGAUCUCUGGAGUGUUGGUUGUGUAUUUGCAGAGCUUUUUCUAAGGAGACCUAUUCUUAAAGGAAGAACUGAGGUUGAACAAUUGCAUAAAAUUUUCAAACUCUGUGGUUCUCCCCCCGAAGAAUACUGGAAAAAAUCUAAGCUUCCACACGCGACCAUGUUCAAACCUCAACAUCCUUAUGACAGAUCCUUAAGGGAGAGAUGUAAAGAAUUCCCAUCUACUGCUGUGGACUUGAUUGAAACCUUUCUUUCGGUUGAUCCUCAAGAUCGCGGGACUGCCUCUUCUGCACUUAUUUCUCAGUACUUCAGAACACAACCGUACGCCUGUGAUCCAUCAACCCUGCCAAAAUAUCCACCAAACAAGGAAAUUGAUGCUAAAAAUCGCGAGGAUGUCCUAAGAAGAAAGCCCGGAGUUAGACAGUCAGGAGCAACAAGGAAACCGAGGAGAGCUCGUAAAGCCUAUCAACAACAGAAUGGAGUCAAUAAAUUUGCACCAAAAGAGGAGACCCAAGAAAACGCUCAAACUGGGCGCAGAAAUAAUGAUGAUGGGCCAGUUGUUAAAGAAAAAGGAGGUCAUCUGCGUAGAGAGUUGUUCAAACCAUCAUUCGAUACAGUAUCAGAGAAUUACCAGUACCAUGAUUCGGGUACUAACCAAAGCGGUGGAGACACUACUUUCUCAGGGCCAGUUCCAGUCUCAGCAUCAAGUGGCUUUGCAUGGGCUGCAGCAGGAACAAGGCGAAAAGACGAUGUCACAUCAGCAGUAUCAGACGGUUCAAAGAGCCAAUUCAGUGCAUUAGACCCCUCAUUCGCAAAAUCCACCUAUGUGUUACCAAAGCAAGGAACUCAAGACUUUGCGCGAAUAGUAAAUCCCAAGGGUGUUCGAAAGCAGCAGCAGCAGCAGCGGAGUCUAAGCCAUCAAACAGAGUUUUUCGAUACACCUGAUUUAUAUCAAUCCCAAGAUCAUGUUUACCAAAAGAUUGCUUCAGCAAAUCAUGUGGAUUACAAUCAUGGGGGAGACCAUAUCGAGUUUUCGGGGCCUCUACUGAUGCAACCACAUAGAAUGGAUGAUCAUUUACAUAAGAAUGAGAAUCAAAUACGGCAAGCUGCUCGAAAAACAAGGUUUGAAAGAGAGAAAUGAGAUGCAGAGAUUAAUAUCAUAAACCAGAUUUGGUCCUUGUACGUACGUAGUAGCAUCCAACCAAAAGCCAUUAUUAUUUGAUGUAAAUAUUUUGUGUAAUUGAUAGACAAAUAUUUUGGGGACCAAUCUAUUUACUCUCAAAAAGCUUUUGAUUUUUUUAGCUCAAUUUUAAAAAAGAGAAGAAAAACAAAAAAAAAAGAAUACCAUCAAUCAAAAUUAGUUA